GUCAGACUGCGACCGUCCAUCGGCCCCGGCUAGCAUCAGCGACCCCCUUCUGCAGGACGAGCACAGAGACGAAGACCACCCUCAUAAUGAUCCGUGUUACGUGUCCACGCAGCUGAAUCCUCCCGGGGACAGUGGGGUCAGAGGCGGGUCGAGCUGAAGGAACCAGCCGCUGUUUGAGGAAGGGAGACAGAACGAGGAGAGUCCACAUGUCGUCGGCAGCAGAGACGGUGGAAAAUGCCUCCAUCAUUUCAGAGAGUGUGUCCCAUGAUGGAAACCGCUUGUGGCUAGGCAACAUCGAUCCCAAAAUCACAGAGUAUCACCUGGUGAAGUUGCUGGAGAGGUUUGGUGAGGUGAAACAGUUUGACUUCCUGUUCCACAAGUCCGGGCCUUUAGAGGGACAGCCACGGGGCUACUGCUUUGUCAACUUCAGCACCAGAGAGGAGGCCGAGCGGGCGAUCCAGUGUUUAAAUGGGAAGCUAGCUUUAUCCAAGAAGCUGGUUGUGCGAUGGGCGCACGCACAGAGGUUUGAAGGUUUCCGUAACGACAAGACGAUGCCUCCGAGCCUGGAGCCGUCGUCGAGCGGCGCCGGAGAGGACGGAGCCUUAACAGCCAAUCACCUCAGCACGAGUGCUAAAAUCCGCGCCAUCGAGGCCAAGCUCCAGAUGAUGGAUGAGAACCCAGAAGACGACUACGCCGGCCCGUCGGCCUACGUUCACAACAAACCGCCAGAGAGGAAACGAUGGGAGCCCUACAAUAAAUCCCACCACAACAACCAGAGCAGGCCCUUCCGCAAGUUCAGGAGAUGACCCCAUGCUCCGAGACGACCCCCCCCUCCACCACCACCUCAGCUCAGCCCCCCCGCCUACACACAAACAGACUCUUUACAGUAGAUAUUAUACAGACUUUAUCUGGGAAUAAAAGAUUUUUUAAGAUGUUCCUUUCAGAACUUUGACUCUUUUAGGAGCAAUCACGGAGAAGUACCUAAAGUGUUUUAUUAUUGGGGCCUAAGCACUCAGCACGGACCCUAUUGGAAUUGCUUCGAUUGUUAUUAUGAUUAUUUUUGGUUACAUUACAUAAUUAGUUAUGAUUUAGUCUUCAAUGACGCCCCAAGCCUGACUGCUGUACAGGUUGGAUCCGUCACCACUCUCGUGCUUUCACUUUGUUACAGAGACUUACCACAGGUGCAUCAUCCAGCUGGGGUUUGCAGGCACUAAAGGAAAGAGAAAUUAUUAUUAUUAUUAUUAUUCAAUUCUGUUUUUAUUUUUUUUUACCUCCAGAUAAAAUUAUUUAAAUGAGAGGUCCUCACUUUUCUGUGUUUGUCUUGAUUCAAGACGUCAGACCAGGAGAAAGCAAAUAGGAUUUAUAACGGGUUUGUAUUAAUGGAGUUUAAAUGAGAAGCCACUCAGCGACAAUUAGUGUGAGCAGCCGUUUGUUUUGUGUAAAGUGUCGUGUUUUUUCCCCGAAUAAUUUGCUCUUUUUCUUUUUUUUUCUUGAAUCCAAUUUUUCUACGACUGCAGCUCAAUCAUUUUUACAAACGUUAUGUGGCAUGGAGCUUGUUUUAAUUUUCAUUUGCAAUUAAAGGUAAUUGAAUAUCUCA